CUUCCUGAACACCUCAGUUCCUCCACGCAGAGUUUUUUUUUCCACUCAGGUGUUCGUGGCGGUUCCCACCGCAGGUUCAACUCUCACCUCUGACUCACACCCGUACACACUGACUGCAGCCCGACGGACAAUCGAACCGCCACACCAUUGCUCGGGCUGGGUGAGAAUCGUGAGCUGGGGCUAUCUGUGGGGCUAGCGCAGUGUUAGCAGAGCCGCAGCGGGGCGAAGGUUCGGUGCCGCCGGCAGAAGGAGCAGCAUGGGCGCCGGGAACCACAGCCAGGCGCUGGCAGAGAAACCAGCGACCCGGAGUCAGAACGAAGUCAACAGGAAGUUGAAGUACGCCAGUUUGGCUGUGCUGGUCAUCCAGAACGCCUCACUCAUCCUCAGCAUCAGAUAUGUCCGCACGUUGCCCGGCGACCGUUUCUUCACCACGUCGGCGGUGGUCAUGGCCGAAGUCCUGAAGGUCCUGACGUGUGUGAUCAUCAUCCUGCUGGAGAAGAGACUGAACGUGAAGGAGACGUCAUUGUUCCUCGUGGACGCCGUGCUGGUCCAGUACAAAGACACUCUGAAGAUGGCGGUGCCGUCGCUCAUCUACACGCUGCAGAACAACCUUCAGUACAUCGCCAUCUCUAACCUGCCAGCCGCCACCUUCCAGGUGACCUAUCAGCUGAAGAUCCUCACCACAGCUCUCUUCAGUGUCCUGAUGCUCAGGAAAACUCUGACCAGAGUCCAGUGGGUUUCACUGCUGCUGCUCUUUAUGGGAGUGGCCAUCGUUCAGGUGCAGCAGGAGGGAAAUAAGGAGGCAUCGGUGUCGGAUGCGUCUAACCAGAACUAUGUGGUGGGUCUGGUUGCCGUGGUGAUCAGCUGCUUGUCGUCGGGCUUCGCCGGCGUCUACUUUGAGAAGAUCCUGAAGGGAAGCUCCGCCUCCGUGUGGGUGAGGAACGUGCAGCUGGGGAUCUUCGGCACGUCGCUCGGCAUGCUGGGACUGUGGUGGAACGACGGCGCCGCCGUGGCCGAGCACGGCUUCCUGUUUGGCUACACCAACAUGGUGUGGUGCGUCAUCUUCAACCAGGCGUUCGGCGGCCUCCUGGUUGCCGUGGUGGUGAAGUACGCUGACAACAUCCUGAAGGGCUUCGCCACGUCCUUCUCCAUCAUCGUCUCCACGGUGAUGUCCAUCUAUCUGUUCGCCUUCCACGUGGACCUGCUCUUCACGGCGGGGGCGGGGCUUGUCAUUGGGGCCGUCUACAUGUACAGUCUCCCUAAAGCACCUGGUGGUGGCAGUGGCUCCUCCUCCUCCCCCCCCUCCACCUCCUCCUCUUCCACAGCAGCGAGUACAAAAGGAGGCGACGAGCUGGAGGCGUUUCUGCCAAAGUGUGCGGGUAAGCAGAAAGGCUCCUGAUUGGUCAGCUGCUGGCCCUCAAACUGCUGAUGUCAUCACGUUUGGCUCCUCCUCCUCUGGCUGUUACUGGAACAUGACGGCCAUGGCCGUCGAUCACACAACGCUAACUGCACGCAAAAUAAACACAUAAACACCGUGGAAGACGAUGCAACAAACAAGAAAUUACGAGAUGUUACACUAAUAAUAAUGAUGAUAAUAAUAAUGUUAAUAUUAAUGAUAAUGAAAAACACUUGAGAAAUCCUGAAUCAAACAUUUUAUCAUUUGAUUCAUUAGAUUUUAUUUUAACAUGUACAUACAUAAUAUUUUUAAUAAGUCUCUUGUUUACAUUUGUAUAAGAGAAACAUCUCUAUUUUUUCUUCAGAAAUAUUAAUCUUAACUGUUUAAAAGUAAUUAUUAUCGGUAGGAACAAAGAUCUGAACGGUCCACUUUAAAUGAGUUUCUUGUUUUUCUCUUUAUUAUUAUAGAUCAUUAUUAGAUUAGAGUGUUGUUGUUAACGUGAGUUUUUUGUUUGUUACAAAAAAACACAUUUGUUGCACUUUAUUCAAAUUCUCUUUUUAAACCAGAUCUACACAGUAUUUGAUUUUGUUUGUCCACCAGAUGGCGCUCCCUGUUUUCUCAACUUUGUGACUCAACUUGUUUUCAAAGUAAAAACUCAACAUUUAUGAGUUAUUACAAAAUUAUUUUUCUGUUACACAAAAACAACCAAAAUGACCUCACACUGUAAAA